AUGGCGGCGAGUCGCAAGAGAUCAAGACCUGAAGCAGCACCGGCAGACACCUGCUGCAAGACGCCACUGGCUUCCAUCAACUUCAACGACAGACCAACACAUCCCACCAAAAUCAUCUCACUACCAAAAAAUGAAGACGAAGUCGAAACCCUCCUCGAAAAGACGAGCGCCCUCGCCGACGUAGUCUCCCACAACCGCAGCCUCGCAGUCCACACCGCUUUCGCAGCAACGCCAAACCCCAAACGCGACCCCAUCGCCAUCGCGAAAAAGGAAGCCGACGUGCGCGAGCUCGAAAUGUACGGCCGCUUCGAAGACAUCGACUACCAGCUCCCGCCCACCAUGAGGCUCGACGUUCUCAAGGACGUGAAGCCGCUCGACAGGGAGAACAGGAAGACGGCGGCGCGGUACGAGGACAUGGCGUCGUGCGUCGACGAGGUGUUUGGCACAAUGGGCGCAACGAAAGAGAAUGUGGCGUGGAUCGUGGAGAACAUGGAGGUUGCGCUGCCGCUUGUCAAGUUUUAUUUGAGGAUCAAGAGGGCGAGGAGGAAUCUUUUGGGCGGGCAGGAGUCUCUUUCUAGCAAUGAGCUGGCCGAGUACCAGACUGUGCGUAAGAUUCGGAGUGUGCUGGGGGUGAGGAUGCAGAAGUUCCGGAUGGAGAAGGCUUCGGAGAGGAGGUUGAGGGGGUAUGAUGUUGUGCUGUUGCGGAGGCAGAAUGAGAUGGCUGCUAUUUUGAAGGGGCAACGGGAUGGGGGUGGGAGGGGUCACGGGUCAUCUGAUGAUGGUGGUGAGGCGAGCGCAAAACGCCAGCGUUUUUGA